AUGGAUAAUCAAGCGCAGCUGAUUAGCGAAUUGCGUGAAAAGUUUUUUAAAAAACUCGACGAAGACGGACCACCAGAUUCUAGUGGUUUUCAUCCCGUUGACGUAGCUAAGGUAAAAAAUCAAGACGACUGGCUGAGGCGUUUUUUGGAGCAUAAUGAUUUUCGUUUGGAUGAAUCUUUGAAAAUGUUAUGGGAUACUUGUGAAUGGAGAAGAAAAUUUGGCACAAAUGAUAUCACGUUAGAAAAUAUAAGAAGAGACUAUUUAGAAGAUGGUGUUUGUUACAGUUAUGGACACGAUAAAGAUGGAAAAAAAUUGUUUAUAGUAAAAUCGAAAUUACAUACAAAGGGUUCGAGAGAUUUUUCAGAACUUCAAAGAUGCGUUGUUUAUUGGUUCGAAAGAUUAGAAAGAGAAGGAAAUGGAAAUCAAAUAUCGAUAUUUUUUGAUAUGGCGGAAGCGGGUCUUUCGAAUUUGGAUAUGGAAUUUACAAAAUAUCUUAUAGGCCUUUUUAAAUGUUAUUAUCCACAAUUUUUGAAUUUAAUAAUCAUCUAUGAAAUGCCCUGGGUUUUGAAUGCGGCGUUUAAUAUUAUAAAAUCAUGGUUGCCAGCGAAAGCGGUGCCAAAAAUUAAAUUUGUUAAAAAAUCAAAUAUCAAGGAAUAUGUGGAUUUGAAUGUUGCAUUAAAAUCAUGGGGCGGUAAAAGUGAAUAUAUUUUUAAAUUUAUUCCCGAGGAUCAAGUUCAUUUUGCCGAAAAUUCUCCUAUGACUGAACAGCCAAUGAGUGGUUUUGGAGAUCAGACGAAAAAUGAAGAAAAGAUGCUGUCAAUUGAGCCCGAAGUGUUGGUAUUUAAUAAAGAAGGAAAUGAAGUUGUAGGAACAAUUACAUUGAAAAAUAUUACUUCCGAUAAAUGUUUGUCUUACAAGAUAAAAACCACUUCUCCGGAAAAAUUUCGUGUACGUCCAAGUACCGGAAUAUUAAUGUCUUCACAACAAUGUGUAAUUACUGUUGUUUUACAACCUGGUUUUAAUUUACGAGGAUUAUUACACAAUGACAGAUUUCUCGUUAUGUGCCUUCCCAUGAAAGAUACCCAAAUGACAACUCAAGAAUUGGCAGAAUUUUGGAAGAAUGUUGGAAAAGGAGCGGAACAACAUCGACUUAUUUGCCGCGAAGGAAGUUAUGAUAAUGUUGAAAUUUUAAAAUCCAACUCCAAUUAUUCAAUAUCAAGUGCUUCAAUUAAUGAUCGUUCACUCGAUGGACUAUUUUCUAAGAUAAAUCGCUUAGAAGAUCGUCACAACAGGUUGUAUAAUGAAAUAAUAGCUUUAAAACGUAUGUUAUUGAUAUCGGUUAUUUUAAUAAUUUCUCUGUCAAUAUGCAUUUGUUGCAUAUUAAGAGUCGAUAUAACAACUAGUCUUGAACAAGAAAAUCAUCGAUUGUACGAUUAUGACACGCAGGAUGUGCAUAAUUAG